AAUGUUAUUCCCUGAUAACCAGAAACUUCUGUGCCUAAACUCUGUACCCUUCACUUUUUCUUAAUAUCUUAAAAUUUUUAAAUCGGGGAGGGGGACCCAAACCAGUAAGGCUCAUUGAGAAGUAAAGUGGGCCAACUAGCUAAGAGGAGGACUGGGCAGGCCCCAGAAAGUGCUGAUAGGCCUGAAGGAGAAGCUAGCUAAUAAUAGGCCAGUAAGAAGAGAGCAGGCCCGUGGCUUCUGUCAGAGGGAGAAAAGCUGUUCUGGGACUUGGCAGGACUGUGCUCUUCCUCCCUGGUUUGCUAAAUCUGCUAGCUGAAGUCCAUAGCUGGAGGGGAUCAGCUGGCCUGGGACAGUUCUGGUGUGUAGUCAAUGGUUGGCAGACGCACAUCCCUAUGAUAUUAGGCCUUGCAGUACUUGGGAAUCUCUGAAGCCGCUGUCAAAAGAACCUUGUAGAGAAGGCAGGUAAUAGAUCUGCCUUGCAAAACUGCCUUUAGCAUUUAUCAUCCCAGGGCACAAACUCUGCUCACCCACUGGUACCAGGAGGCUAACAGAGAUCCACCAAUGGCUACUUGUGUGUCAAAAAAUCUGACUCUUCCCCCAAGCAAGUGAAUUCAGCGUGGCUGUGAAAUGAAAUGCAAAACUCAGAGAGAUUGCCUGUGUGUCUUCAGCACUGCGGCCCAGCAGAGGAGUACGGGAGAUGAGUGUGGACCAGAGGAUCCCCACGAUGAGCCGAGGCAUCCCCUUUCUGAGCGAACUCUAGAGCUCAAAGCCAGCAAACUGGAAGAACAAGUCCAUGAUUUAACUGAGCAAUACCGGAAAGCGUUGGCGGAUUCGGAAAAUGUCCGAAGGAGAACACAGAAGUUUGUGGAAGAUGCCAAGCUGUUUGGGAUCCAGAGUUUCUGCAAGGACCUGGUGGAGGUAGCUGAUAUCUUGGAGAAGACUACUGAGAGCGCUGCAAGAGAAGCAGAGCCUAGUGACCCAAAACCAACCCUCAAGAAGAUCUGUGAAGGCCUCUCCCUCAUAGAGGCCAAGUUGCAAAGUGUAUUUGCCAAGCAUGGCCUUCAGAAGAUGAACCCCGUCGGUGGCAAAUAUGAUCCAUAUGACCAUGAAAUAGUCUGCCAUGUGCCAGCAGAGGGAAUGCAGCCUGGCACAGUGGCACUAGUGACUCAGGAUGGCUAUAAACUCCACGGCCGCACUAUCAGACAUGCACAUGUUGGUGUGGCAGUAGAGUCACAGGAGUGAUGUAGUGGGUGCACCCAUUGGGAUCUGAGCUGAGGACUCUGUCACACAGUGGCGAUAGCAGCUGCAUGUCUUUUCUUUUAUUUAUUAAGCUAGGUUUGUAUUGUACAUUGGCUUCUUCACAACAUGUGCAGUAAUCUUGGGUUUAAUUCCAAGAGGCUCAAUUAUUUAAUGUUACUUUUUCUGAGUGUGUGUAAUGCUGGGAAUCCUGCUGUUUAUUGGAAGCAUGUGGCACUGCUAGCCCCCUUUUCUGUUGGAUUCAGGUCUCUAUUAAAACUUGCACUGGGGAAAGAGGGAGUUGGGGAGAGAGAAUCUGAGAGCCAGGAAUUUCUGCCUUCUGAUCCCAGCUCUGACGUACUCUUUCUGUGGCUUUCGGCAAGUCACUUAGCCACUUUGCCUCAGUUUCCCUAUUUGUAAAAUAGGGAUAUAAUAAUACUUAACUAACCACCUCACAGGGGCAUUGUGAGGAUUAAAUAAUGGUUGAGAUGCACCUUAGAGCUGAAGAUCUCUAGCUAAGUGCUAAGUAUUAUGAGACUUGUGUGGUCUUUUAUUUUUCCUGUUUCCCUUAGGCAGAAGGAGCUGUGAAAGCAUCUACUAUUUUCAGCCAGACUUUUCUCAUUUCUCUUCAGAAAGCAA